UUCCAAUUGCUUCAUGGUCGCAUAUCGUAACCCUCUGAAUAUGAUAUGGCUCGAAGGAGGGGCUGCGGUCGACGGCUCAACGUCUCUUGCCCGGGUUAGCCAUGGUGGCUGAUGGCAAAUUGCGAACUUGUGGCAAUUUGCAAAACUACAGCAUGGCCAGAACAAAGGACCCUUAUUAUAUAGGGUCGAAGUGCAUAGAGAAGUGAAAGCAACGCUUGACGUUGAGUGAUGACGCAGGGGGGAAGUGGCAAUGGUCCAUCGAUGAUCCUCACGCUUCCCACAAAACGCCAGCGCGGGGACGUCUCGUCCCGCCAAAGACAAGGCAAUUAUACCACCUCAGCAAUAGCAAAAGUCUUGUGUCACCUUGGCGACUACAACUAUUACCUAGAUCCAGAUCACGAUGUCACAAACCGGGAUCCCCUUCGACAUGCCCACCAAAUCCCAAGUCGUCGCCGCAAAACAAAAGCAAGCCGAAUCCCAACCAUCAUCAGGCGAAUCAAGCCCAACAUCAAAACGCAUCCUGCGCUCAAAUUUCAUCGUCAAGACCACUGCCUCGCGCGGCGCCCAAGCAGCCCCAAAGCAAAUCCGGAUCCUCCUCUGCAAUCCCAACAGCACGGCCUCCAUGACCUGAGCCUGCGUCAACAUGGUGCUCCCCAUACUCUCCUCCAACGUCGCCCUCGUGGGCUGUACUGCCCUGGAACCCGCACCAUCAGCCAUCGAAGGCAAAUUCGACGAUAUGAUGUCUGCUGCCGUGGCUGUGCAGGGCAUCCUGCAGCAUGCGAGCUAGUUCGAUGCGUUUCUGAUUGCGUAUUAUAGCGACCAUGCGCUGAUUCGCAUGCUGAGGGAGGAGUUGAGUCAGCCGGUGUGCGGGCAUGGCCGAUCUGAAGUCUGCGGUUGAAGAGGCUGUUGGUGAGGAUGUGCAAGUCAUUGACGGGGUGGUGGCUGGAGUCUAUCGCCUCAUUGGUCUUUGCAGAAUGGGUGUGAAGACUGCGAAGAAAGGGGCCUACGCCCGUUCUGCAGCAGCGAGGCAGAGGAGAGGUCAGGACUGGUUAA